AUGAAGAAGCUUAUGAAUGCAUACUGUGAUCGACAAUCUGUGGAUCUUAACUCCAUUGCCUUCUUAUUUGAUGGACGCCGUCUUCGUGCAGAGCAGACUCCGGAUGAGCUAGAGAUGGAGGAUGGCGAUGAGAUUGAUGCCAUGCUGCACCAAACUGGUGGCUCGACUGUUUGA